AAACGCCGUCUCACCGAGACACUGGUUGCUACGACAACGCCAGGCGCCUGUAUGCAAUUGUCCCACAGCUCCAGUCGCCUCGACGUGGCGUCAGGGCCCAGCUGCACAGCCGUUAGCCUCAGUUCGAGUGGAUGGCCGAGAGUGGUGAAGCGCGAAGAGAGACGAAUUUCACGACAAAGUGAGGCAGUGAGAGACGAAGAUGGCUACAGAGAAGAGUUGGAGACGGAGGAGGACGACGAAGAGGAGCAGGAGGGAGACGAAGAUGAGGAGGAGGAAGAAAGGGAGGUGGCAACGAAAGAGUUGAGCAUCAAGUCAGAUCGCAGAACGGGCAGACGAUCACACGGCUCGAAGUCUACUCGGCUGCAGAGAACGCCAACUGGUCGGCUGGGACAACGGGAACUAGAAAAUAGGCUGGCCUAUUGUCUUGUUAGAGACCUUCUUGCGCCAGAGCUUGUGGACGGCGAGGGAUUUAGG